AUGCUCACAGCUCCUUGCAACGUCUUCACAGGUAGAGCGCUGCCGACCUCACCGCCAGUCCUGAUCCUCACCAACCAGCUGGAUGAAUUUAUUUGCAAAGUCUUUGAGGACUUUGAUCUUAGGCAGAUUGGUCCCGUACCUGUGCGCCUGGUGAACAGGAACAACAUGUGCUCUGGGACAGUUGAAGUUUAUCAUAACUCAGUCUGGGGAACUGUUUGCAAUGAUGGCUGGGAUGUGAAUGCAGCGAGUGUGGUCUGCAGAAUGUUGAACUGUGGGACGGCCCUGUCAGCAUGGACUGGAGCCUACAAUGGAGAGGGUACUGGGGACAUCUGGUUGGAUGAUGUGCGGUGUAAUGGGACAGAGCCUGCCCUCGAUCAGUGCUCUGCCAACCCAUGGGGGGUGAAUAACUGCAGCCAUGGGGAGGUUGCUGGAGUUACCUGCUCAGGUCCAGUACCUGUGCGUCUGGUGAACGGGAACAACAUGUGCUCUGGGAGAGUUGAGGUCUAUCGUAACUUUGUCUGGGGGACCGUUUGCGAUGAUGGCUGGGAUGUGAAGGCAGCGAGUGUGGUCUGCAGAGUGUUGAAUUGUGGGACAGUCCUGUCAGCACAAACUGGAGCCUACUAUGGAGAGGGGACCGGGGACAUCUGGUUGUAUAAUAUGAGAUGUAAGGGGACAGAGUCUGCCCUUGAUCAGUGCUCUGUCAAUCCCUGGGGGCUGAAAAACUGCACACACAGCCAGGACGCUGGAGUAACUUGUUCAGGUCCGAUACCUGUACGCCUGGUGAACGGGAAUGACAGAUGCUCUGGGAGAGUUGAGGUCUAUCAUAACUCCGUCUGGGGCACAGUUUGCGACAAUGGCUGGGAUGUAAACGCAACGAGUGUGGUUUGCAGAGUGUUGAACUGUGGGACGGCUGUGUCAGCACAGACUGGAGCUUACUAUGGAGAAGGGACUGGGGACAUCGGGUUGGAUAAUGUGAGGUGUAAUGGGACAGAGCCUGCCCUCGAUCGGUGUUCUGCCAACCCAUGGGGUGUGAAUAACUGUACACACAGGAGGGAUGCUGGUGUAAUCUGCUCAGGUCCAGUACCCAUACGCCUGGUGAAUGGAACCGAUACGUGCUCUGGGAGGGUUGAAGUCUAUCGCAAUUCCACCUGGGGAACUGUGUGUGAUGAUGGCUGGGAUGUAAAUGCAGCAAGUGUGGUCUGCAGAGUGUUGAACUGUGGGAUGGCCUUGUCAGUACAGACUGGAGUCAACUAUGGAGAAGGGACUGGGGACAUCUGGCUGAGUGAUUUGAAAUGCUUAGGUAAUGAGUCUGCCCUGGAUCAGUGCUCUGGGAGUCCAAUUGUGGUGAAUAACUGUACCCACAGUCAGGAUGCUGGAGUCACUUGCUCAGGAAUCGAGCAGCAAUCUGGGCAGGAUAAAACUGAAAGUUUAAACUUUCCGCACAAGUACCGGAGACGUGUGCACAUCAAGACUUCCAAGGGGCUUGAUGCAUAUCUUUUAGGUUACAUCCAGCCUCCAACUAUUCAGAGAUCAGAAGAUCUGGGCCAUUAUGUGUGA